UGGAUGCAGUAGCUCGCCUCGUCCCCUCUUCGCCCUAACUCGCCGCGUCACCUGCUCCGUCCGCUCCCGCCGCCCCCAUGCUCCCCCUAAUACGCCGCCUCCCCGCCGCUCCUUCCCGCCUAGCCGUCCUCGCACUCCGCCGACCACACCGUCGAGCUGCGGCGACGACGACAACGACACCUGCGGUAUCCUCCUCCCGUCUCGCGGGCUCGCCGCCUGCAGAGAGUCCAGCGGCGGAUCAGGGGAGUGAGUUGGAGCCCUGCCCCGAACCCCUCGACCGGGACUGGGACUCGACGCUGUCCCGGGCGGACCUCACAGAGGUUGCCGGGAUCCUCCGGCGGUUGCGCGACGAGCAGAUCAAUCUGGGCCUGGGCACCUUCAAUCUGCUGCUGAAGCGAGCCUGCGAAGCAGACGACUUCCUUCUCUUCGCCAAGGUAUUCAGACACUUGCUGCUCUCCAAAGCUGCUCCCGACUUGACUUCCUACAUGUGUGUCGCCAGGGCCAUUGGGGGUUUAGAUGACUCUGAACUGUUACUCAAGUUUGUGAGAGAGGUAUUGGAGAUCACAAAUGGCAGAGACCCCACGGUGGUGAAUCGCAUUGUUUUCGCCGCGGGUAGAUACGGGCACCUCGAUAAAAGUUUGAUCGUGUUUGAGGAGCUGAAGAAAGAUAAGAGAUGCUUGGAUGUUGUCACCUUCAACACUGUCUUGGACAUGCUAGGAAAGGUUGGUCGGGUGGACGAAAUGCUCCGGGAGGUGAAGCUGAUGAAGGAACUUAGCAUUUGUCCUGACAUUGUGACUUAUAAUACGGUGAUAAACUGCCUGCGUAGGCUUGGAAGAUUGGGUCUGUGCAAAAGCUUUGCAAGAGAGAUGUUUGAGAGAGGCAUCAGUCCUGAUUUGAGAACAUAUACCGCGCUAAUUGAUUGUUUUGGAAGGGCAGGGCAUAUUGCUGAUGCCCUUGAAGCGUUUGAACAGAUGAAGAAGUCGCACCAACCUUCGAUUUAUGUCUAUCGGGCACUGAUCAGUGACAUGAAAAAGGCUGGGCGGUUUGAGCUAGCAGAAAAGCUCACCGAAGAGAUGGAUUCAAGUGCGUCUGAUUUGUUAGGCCCUGAAGAUUUCAGGCAGAGGUCCAAGGGAAGAAGGGUCAGGAACAGCAGCAGGUAAAAAACAGAAAAGUUAUCUUCCAGGUCUGUAUGAUUCCUUCACAUGCGAUGCAACAGCUGCUGGUACCAAGUUCCAGACUUCCAAUGGAUACUGGUCCUGCUGGUUGACAUCUUCAGAAGAUGUAUCCUAGGAAAGAAACAGAGAACUACAAAGUUCAGAUGACAGCAGCUUGAUGAUUACAAAGACACCGCAGUGAUCCUAGAGCUACAGUCCUGAAUGGCAUGUCAUGACCGCAGGCCGUUGCUGAUGCACUUCUCAAGAGAUUCAGGAACCGGAGUCAGUAGCAACUGCGGCAAUUCCUAGUUAAGAAAUAUGUGCCGCACCGCUCGAUUGUCGCUUGGAAAGUGCCUGUUGCUGGAAAGAUCGCUGUUUUGCUCUGAGCUUGUGGGCGUAAAGUUUCGGCAUUUUCCGUCACUCUUCAGUGCACCGAAGAAUAGUGAAGUCUUGGCAUCUGGUUCAUUUUGUAGGCUAUGCUUGUAAAUCAUUAGGCAUAAUAGCAAACAAACUUACAUUUUACACGAGUAAGUUGAUUCUAUCCAAAAUUUCUGGGAUAAUAUCAUCUUAGCAUUCGUGGGAUGGUGCACACUCGUGUGUCUGGCAAUAUGCCCUGACCCCAGAACAUGUUGGUGUGAUGCAAUGUCGUUCCAUGUAAUGCCCAGUUUGUUAUAGAUUCUGUCUUAGGGUUGCUGGA